UUCAGCGAUGUGUGUUUGAAUUACUACGGAGUUAUUUUUGCUCGUUACGGCCAGUCACUAUCUAGAGUUAUACACAAACAGUGCCGUCAUAAUGGCCAAUCAGACUGCGGCAAGUAUGAAUUUGACCCAAUUGGAAACAAUUGAAGUUUUCAAGAUGCCUUGGAUGUUCGGAAUUGCAGUGUCGUCAGCUUCUUUAAUAUUGCAGUUGCUCGUGUUGAUUCUCAUUCCCAAUGCAAGGAAAUACGACGAAAAAGUGUUAGUGCAACUGACGAUCGCGCGAAUUGUGAAUACAGUGUGUGAAUUUCUGAUUUCAUUUGAGUAUGUGGAACAAGGAUUGUUAAACGAGGCCAUGGUAUCGGCGUUCGCCACAUCCAGAUGAGCGUGAUGUGCAUUUGCAUGACGGCUCUCUUUAUCGCACGGAGCAGUAUGGGAGUGGCUAUUCUAGCGAUGACUGACAAAAGUCGCAGGAACGACACUAGCGUUAAGAUAUACGACUGGGAUAAGGAGACCCAGGGCCUUAUCCUCUCUUCUUUCUUUUGGGGAUACAUCAUAAUGCAAAUCCCUGGCGGUCUUCUAUCCAAACGCUUUGGAGGCAAACCUAUACUACUGACAGCUAUGGUUGCGAACGCCGUCAUCAACUUGAUGAUACCAAAACUUGCGGAGUUGGGUGGCUGGCGUCUAAUGUGUGCGUCUAGGGUCUUGAUGGGUCUAUCUCAAGCCUGUUUGUUUCCCGCAUCGCACACACUGAUAGGCCGAUGGCUUCCAGCUCACGAACGAACAUCGUACACCGCAGUCGUUUAUGGAGGAUCAAUGAUUGGUACGAUAGUGGCCAUGCCUGUGUCAGGCAUUCUGGCAGAAACGGCAAUCGGUUGGAAGCUCAUAUUUUAUUCCAUAUCGGGGCUAGUAUUUGUAUCGGCCGCCAUCUUUUACCUCCUAGCGGCAAAUUCACCAGGAGAUCACAAGCUGAUGAGAGAUGAAGAAAGAAAAUAUAUAGAGAAAGGAUUGAAUGCAAGAGGAUCUAAGGAAAUGCGUACCCCAUGGAGAGCAAUAUUCCGAACAAAAGUAUUCUGGGUGCUAGUCGUCACACAUAUAGGCAGUGCUGUCAAUUUUGUGCUGUUUUUCGUGGACUUACCUACAUAUCUGGAGCGGGGACUUCAAAUUUCUUUAAAAACUAGUGCAUCUUUAUCUGCUCUUCCAUACAUUGGAAUGUGGAUCGGCUCAGUGGCGUCAUCUGCCGUUUGUGAAGAAAUAUACAAUAGAAAAAUUCUCUCCGUAGGAGUUUGUAGGAAGAUAUUUAAUUCUAUAUCAUUUUUCGGCAUGUCAGCGUCACUCGUCGUGCUAUCUUUUCUUGGUCCAGAGAACAAGAUAUCGGCCAUUGUUGUUCUCGUCAUCGCUUUAACAUUAUCCGGUUUCAACGCUGCUGGCUUUAUGAUGUCUCAUCUGGACAUAUCUCCGAACUUCGCCGGCGUGUUAUUGUCAUUGACUAACUUCUCAGCGAACGCUGGCAGCAUCCUGACACCAAUAUUUACUGCUUUAAUACUGAACAAUGAUCCGACGGACGUGAGUCGAUGGCGUAUAGUGUUUCUCACGACAGCUGCGUUGAGUGUCAUCACCAACACUGUCUACGUUCUAUUUGGAAGCAGUAAACGGCAACCUUGGGAUAGUCCGGAUUUCAAUAAAUGUGCGGAUCCAGAAGAAAUGACACCAGCUUUGGCGCAAAAUGACACAGAAGAAAAGAAAUGAAUUAUAUUGACAAGAAAUGUACAGAGACAUAG